ACUUAACCCAUUUAACUAUACACAUACGAAAACGAAAUUUCGUAUAUGUGUUCAUUCAGAGUUAUUUUCUUCCGAAUCAUGAUCGAAAUGAUCGGAAAAAAAUGCGCGUUUGCGUUGAUCAUUUCGACGGUAUUUUUUUGGCAAAAUGCUUUUGCAUGUGUGGAUAAGUUUGCCUUGUCAUCGGUGGACGCUCGAGUGCACAAACAGCGAAAUGCCAAAGCCAUAUAUUUGCAACAGGAACACUUCAACAAGAUGGAUAAUUAUAUAGCUAUUGAUAUUAUUAACGCUAACAUUAGCGAAUUGUGCGAAGGUAUGGUCCAGAAUUUCCAGCAUUUGGAAACCCUGAUCCUAAUCAACCUUAAUUUGACAUUAAUUGAACCGGGUACAUUCCGGGACCUUCCCAAAUUAAAACAUUUGUCUUUGUCCGUAAAUAAAAUACCGUCCGUACCGGCCAGAACUUUUAACCUCAUUAAGAGCCUUCAGGUUUUAUAUUUGUCGAAGAACGAAAUCGAAACCAUCGAAGAAGGUGCAUUUUCCAACAUGCCCAAUCUAAAAGCGGUCCAUCUAGAACACAACAAAAUAUCGCAUCUCAACGGCGACAUUUUCGUCAACAGUCCCAAACUGUCGUUAAUUAAUUUCAACUUCAACAGGUUGAACCGAAUAACCACCUCGUCUUUCGCUGACAUUCAACCCGGAUUCGGCGUCAGAGCUCUUAAUAUUUUCCUAAAGAAGAACCAGAUAUCGGAAAUAGAAGCUGGGUCUUUCAAACAACCCAUCCCGAUCAAUCUUCAUCUUCAAUACAAUGAACUGGUCCAAGUACCUAGCGUAAUAUUCUCAAUGGUGAAUGGGAGUACACUUUCAGUGGAUAACAAUAGGGUCUCGUGCAUUGCCGAUGAUAUUAUAGAACGACUACAGAUUCAAAAUAUUGCAGUUAACUUGAAAAAUAAUCCUGUGAAUUGUGGAUGCAUGAAACGUAUCGACGAAAUCUUGAGCGAUAGGGAGUUGAAAGGAGAGUUAAAUGUUGAAACGACAGAGUUUUGUUUGGAAAAUUAUCCAGGAAAUAAUUACAAAUAGAAGAAUAAUAAUAAAGAUUUCAAUUUUAUUCAAAUUAAAUUAGCAACAGAAAUGUUUGACCAAAAUAAUUAAUAAUAGUAAUUAUAGAUGUUUGUAUAUUUUUAAGCUUUGUUAAUUAAAAGAUAAGAGGUUAUAUAUGUGUAAAUAAAAUACUAUACUUAAAUAGUAAGAAUAGAUAAGGCUACCAUUUUAUUUGAAAUAAUUU